AUGUUGAGCAUGAAAGCGCAGGUGGAGGUGGUCUGCUGUAAAUCAGUAGGAACUGAUCUGUCCAUGCUGGAUAUUGAGGAUUUCAUCACAGAAAUCUGUCAGCUGAAGAAAGAGGUGGCUUCACUGGAGACAAAGCUGAGAGAAAGAGGAGACAAACUGAACAGAGAGGAUGUGGAGCAGGUUUCAGUGCGUGUGACUGAUGGGACAGAAGCUCAGGAUUCAGUCUGGAGCGUCAGAGAUCAGAGAUCCAGAGACACACAGGACUCAGAGCUCAGCCUCACUUUACUCUGUUAUACUGACGCUCAGGAUCAUGAAUCCACUGAUCAAACCUCUGACUGUAACGCUGGAGAACAGCAGAUGCUGCAGACGCCGCUGAAGAUGUGCUCCGUCAAACUGGUGGACUGCAGGAACCUGAUCGAGAGCAGAGGAGAAGAAACCACCGCAGAGAAAGAACAACAACACACUGAUGAGGAAGAGCAGGAGGAUGAUGAUAAUGAGGAUGAAGAUGAUGAUGAAGAUUUCAUUCCUCCAGAUGACGAAGGCUGUUCAUCUUCUGAUGGAGAGACAGACUUAACAUCAAAAGAGCAGCUGACGGUCAAAAGGUUUUCGUGUCACCUGUGGAAAAACACUGAGUUCAGAGGGCAUUUAGCGAGACACGAGAGAAAACACACAGAACAGAAAGACUUCAGCUGUAGGAGAUGCAAGAUUAGCUUUCCUACUGCAGAAGAGAGGAGACUUCAUUCAAAAGAACACAGCGGGAAGAAGGAGUUUCACUGUGAACAGUGCGGGAAGGUUUUUUUCAUUCAUUCUAGUCUAAAAGUUCACUUGAAGACUCACGGUGAAAAGUCUUUCACUGCAGUGAAUGUGACAAGUAUUUCAGCACCAAACAAUCUCUUCUAGUUCAUAAGCGAAUCC